AUGUCUACCGACUGGUCUAUUGCCUUUAAGCCAAUUCUCGACCUUCACUCUAAGGCCAUUUUUGCUGCAGGUUCCUCAUCUGUUGGAAAACCUGCAAUAAAAGAAUACUAUGCCAAAGACAAGGAAGAGGCAGACGAACGUGAGGCAGCGAGUCACCCAAGAGAACCAUCUUUCUAUAAGAAACCCCUGUCUGAGUGGGACGUAGCACAGAAAUUAUUUAAGCAGGAGAUCAACACAUAUGACAAGGCCCAACAACAGAGUAAAGGCCUAGAGUAUUCAAUCAAGUACCGCACUGGGAAUGCCAGGGAGUGGUUCAACAACAUGACACCUUCACAACAGCAGGAGGUCAAGUUUGCCAUGAAGAAAUGGAAUGAGGAGGGGGUGCCAGAAGAAACUCAGGCAAUAUAUCAUAAGAAUAACCUCAAGAAAACUCUGGAAGAUUUUGCAGAGCAAAUUUGGCGCACCAUGGGUUGUUGCAUAGUAAUGCUUGUUAGUCAUAAGAAAAAAGCUAGUCAGACAUUGUCCGUCAGUCUACACGAAACUACACCACAGAAUGCCAAGAAACAUUUUUCUGUGAGCUCGAGUGGUAUCCAGGAGUGGGCUGCAAAUGGAUUUGAAUCCUUUGGAGAAUGGUCUAAGACUGAAUUUUACCCUUCAGAGGAUUCAGACCAUGCGGCUUCGGACUGUGAGGAUGGACCUGUCUUACCUGAAAUAAUAGUAGAUGAUGAGGGGUAUGCAAAACUUCCUCUUCAUGAUGGUAUUGGCCUCAAGGGUCAACAUGAAUUGAUUAGAAGUAUCUUUCAUACUUCAUACAAAGUCUGCACAGGCAGCUCUAGACCUGUACCUUGGGGCGUGAUAACUGCCAGCCCAUCCAAUUAUUUGAAAUCUGGUUCAGUUCUCACAGGAUAUGUGGUCAAAGACCCUUCUCAUAUGAAGACAGAGGAGGUAAAUCAUCUAUGGAUGUAUUGGGAACAACGUUCUGCUACAAAUCAAAAGCUAGUCAUCUUUAUCAAGGCCAAGGAUGCUGAUAUUCAGAUCACUGGGAAGUCCAAGAUGAAGGUAGUGAGCACCCUAGACUUAGAUGAAGAAGAUCAAGGCUGGCUAGCUCCAUUUACCUCUCAUUUCACAGAACGUACAACACAGCUGGCCACCCAUGCAAUAAUACCAGAUGAUGUUGCCAUCAAUGACCGAUACACAUUUUUAGAAACCCUUAGCAAGAAUGAAAACUACUUGGAGCUUAUGGAUGCCACUAGGGACCUGGCAAUAUUAGCCAAACAGAAUGUUAAUGUCACUUGGUGCUGUUUUCAAUUUUAUGGCUUAUAUGUCCAACAGCCAAUUUCUGAGCAACACCAAGAUUUGCCUACCUGGGCUGACUGGUCUUGGAGUGAAAAUUAUCUUCCUGAGGACAUUCACACCUCAUAUGCAACAUUGACAGCCAGCUUAAACAAGCUACAGACCUGUCCAAUCUCAGGGCCAUCAUCGGCAAUGCCAGUAGUACUAGGAAUUGGACUCCUCUAUAGGGAGUCUAAACACGUGAUAGAGUAUGAGGAAGAUGAGGCUAAUCCCAAUACCCCUUUCUACCUACCUCAUUCUGCUAUUGAUCUACAGUUCUUGGUCGCUCUGGAUGAGGCUGUCCAGGAAGUCUUGUGCUCAGUCGUUAGUCAGAUUGAGAGGCUGAAUAAAGAGGCACUCAGUGACAAUGAUGAGAAGAUGAGGAUGGUGGUAGAGAAGGAAAGGCAUGAGGUUGGGGAGAAGAAUGUUGAGUCAGAGGAGAAUGUAGUUAGGGGAGAAGAACAGCAGGAGCAGGAGGUUGAAGAGGUGGUGCAGAAAGGGAGGAAGAGAAAAAUUAACCAUGCUUUGUCAACAGCUGCCAAGUAUGACAUCCUUCCUACAGAUGUUUAUGACAACAAUGAGUACAAAGAAUAUGUGUGUAGUCAAGUGCAAGACUUGUUGGACGGUGGUAAUUUUCUUCAUAAUGGUGUUGAUGAGCAGGGGAGGACCAACAACCUCAUGAAUGACGCACUCGGAGAGUUCUGCAGUACAUUUUUCUACAUGAGCGAACAUGCGCUCGCUAAGUCUUUUCCGGAUGAAUUCGCUGAAGCUGUCCCCAAAGGUGAUGUUGCACUUGGAGCAACUACACUCACUGCAGCCAUUGACGAGUACAAGACCAGUAUCUACAAACCAAUGAAAUUUGUCUCUGAGUUGUAUCAGCCCAUCUACAACAGUGUCAUGCAACUCUACGAUGAUGUCAAACUUGACCCUUAUCAUUCGAAGAAAUGUCAAGCAGUUCGUGAGAAAUGGGUGCACGCUGCAGGUACUCUCACACGUAAUCAAUCAAACCGGCAUCAUAAUUGGGGUCUGAAGUUGAAGCUCGACUAG